CGCUGUUUGAAUUUGAAAAGGAGAUUAUCACGGGGCUGCUCGCAGGACAGGCUGGCCAGGAGACGUUCGCAGAAUGGAAUCUAAUUUGAAUCAAGAUGGAGUGCCUAGACCAUCUUAUGUUUUUAGUGCUGACCCAAUUGAAAGACCUUCAGAAAUAAAUUUUGAUGGCAUUAAGCUUGAUCUCUCCCAUGAAUUUUCCUUAGUUGCUUCAAGUACUGAGACAAACGGUUUGGAAUCCAAAGAUUAUCUCCAGGUUUGCCUUCGAAUAAGACCAUUCACGCAAUCAGAAAAGGAACAUGAGUCUGAGGGCUGUAUAUAUAUUCUGGAUUCACAGACUGUUCUGUUGAAAGAUCCCCAGAGUAUCCUUGGUCGAUUAAGUGAGAAAAGCUCUGGGCAGACGGCACAGAAAUUCAGUUUUUCCAAGGUUUAUGGCCCAGAAACUACACAGAAGGAAUUUUUUCAGGGUUGUAUUAUGCAGCCAGUAAAAGACCUCUUGAAGGGACAAAGUCGGCUGAUUUUUACUUAUGGGUUAACUAAUUCAGGAAAAACAUACACAUUUCAAGGCACAGAAGAAAAUAUUGGUAUUCUGCCUCGAACUUUGAAUGUAUUGUUUGAUGGUCUUCAGGAAAGACUAUAUACAAAGAUGAAUCUUAAACCACAUAGAUCCAGAGAAUACUUACGGUUAUCACCAGACCAAGAGAAAGAAGAAAUUGCUAGCAAAAGUACACUGCUUCGGCAAAUUAAAGAGGUUGCUAUGCAUAAUGACAGUUAUGAUACUCAUUAUGGAAGUUUAAUAAACUCAGUGAUCAUUCCAGAGUUUGAAGAAUCCAUGAAAGAUUGUGAACAAGCUAGCUUAAAUAUGGAUAAUAAUAUAAAAUAUUCUGUGUGGGUUUCUUUCUUUGAGAUUUAUAAUGAAUGUAUUUAUGACUUGUUUGUUCCUGUAUUACCCAAGUUCCAAAAGAGAAAAAUGCUGCGCCUCUCCCAAGAUGUAAAGGGUUAUUCUUUCAUAAAAGAUCUACAGUGGAUUCAAGUAUCUGAUUCCAAAGAAGCAUAUAGACUUUUAAAACUAGGAAUAAAGCAUCAGAGUGUUGCCUUCACAAAACUGAACAAUGUUUCCAGUAGAAGUCACAGCAUAUUCACCAUUAGAAUAUUACAGAUUGAAAAUUCUGAAAUGCCUCGUGUAGUGCGAGUCAGUGAAUUGUCUUUAUGCGAUCUUGCUGGUUCAGAACGAAGCAUGAAGACACAGAAUGAAGGUGAAAGGUUAAGAGAGACUGGAAACAUUAACACCUCUUUAUUGACUCUUGGAAAGUGUAUUAAUGUUUUGAAGAACAGUGAAAAGUCAAAGUUUCAACAGCAUGUGCCUUUCCGGGAAAGUAAACUCACUCACUAUUUUCAAAGCUUUUUUAAUGGUAAAGGGAAAAUAUGUAUGAUUGUCAACAUCAGCCAGUGUUGUUUUGCCUAUGAUGAAACACUCAAUGUAUUGAAGUUCUCAGCCAUUGCACAAAAAGUUUUUGUUCCAGACAGUUUAAAUUUGUCUCAAGAGAAAUCAUUUGGACCUGUCAAAUCUUCUCAAGACAUAUUGCUAGACGUUAAUAAUUCAGAUAAUAAAAUAUUAAAUGUAAAAAGAAACACCAUUUCAUGGGAAGGUAGUCUAGAAGAUCUGGUGGAAGAUGAAGAUGUGACUGAGGAUUUAGAAAAAGCUGAAGAAAACCAAAAUGUGGAAACUGAACUUAAUGAAGAAGAUCUAGAUAAGACAUUAGAGGACAAUAAGGCUCUCAUUGGCCAAGAGGAGAACAGAAAACUAUUGGAAAUAAUAGAAGACCUGAAAAACAAACUGAUAAAUGAAAAAAAAGAAAAGUUAGUAUUGGAAUUUAAAAUUCGAGAAGAAGUUACACAGGAGUUUACGCUGUAUUUGGCUCAACGGGAGGCUGACUUUAAGGAAACUCUCCUUCAGGAACGAGAGAGAUUGGAAGAAAAUGCUGAAUGUCGUUUGGCUAUCUUCAAGGAUUUGGUUGGUAAAUGUGACAUUCAAGAUCCAACGAAUGAAGAUUGUGUCAUGAAAGUUGAAACUGAAGGAACACAUAAUUGUGUAGGAAUUGAAGACUUUAUUGAUUCUCUUCAAGACGAUGUCAGUGAUAUUAAGAAACAGGCUGAAAUUGCUCACUUAUUUAUUGCAUCUCUUGCUGACCCCCAGGAAGCUAUUGUUUGUUUAGAACUAAAGUUUAAUCAAGUUAAAGCUGAAUUAGCUAAGACCAAAGAGGAAUUAAUCAAAACCCAAGAAGAAUUAAAAAAGAGAGAGAAUGAAUCAGAAAUUAACUUAAAUUCAUUGGUUCAAGAACUUGAGCAAUCUAAUAAGGACAAGACUAACAUGUCUUUAAAAAUAAACAAUAAAAUGACUUGUAAUGAAACAGUUGAAGUACUUAAGGGCAACAAAAUUAAAACCUCUUCAGGAAGAAAAAGAUUAAGUGAAAAUGAACUUCUUCAACAGGAAGAACCACCAGCAAAGAAAGGACCUGUACAUCUUAGCUCUACUGUCUCUGAAAACCAAAAGAAAAGUGAAGAAAUGCAACAAAGCAUUUCAGAAGAGGAAGACAACAUUUUACAAGAAAAUAAUGAAGAGCUGAAAACACAUUUAGUCAUUGUCAAAAAUGAACUUAGGAAGGAAAAGGAAAAAAAAGCAGAAUUAAAUAAACAGGUUGUUAGUUUGCAACAGGAAAUUUCGUCUUCUGAAAAAAAGAUUUUUACUUUAAGUGCAGAGGUCCAACAAAUUCAAUCAAAUUAUGACAAUGUAAUUUCUGAAUUACAAGUGCAGAAAGGUAUAAAUCAAGAACAGGAAGAAAAGAUUAUGGAACUGUCAAAGGAGAUAGAAACUGCUAGAAGAAACAUAGUAAAUAGUGUUUCACAAAUAAAAUUAAUGCAAACAAAAAUAGAUGAACUACGUAUGUUUGAUUCAGCUUCUCAGAUCUCAAAUAUAGAUUCACUCAAUCUCAGAGAUCUGUCAAAUGGUUUUCAGGAGGAUAAUUUGUCAAAUACACAGUUAGCUCUUUUAGGUAAUGAUUAUUUGGUAAGUAAACAGGUUAAAGAGUCUUGUAUUCAAGAACUCAAUAGGGAAAGUUCUUUCCAUUGUAGUAUUGAAGCAAUUUGGGAAGAAUGUAAGGAGAUUGUGAAGACCUCCUCCAAAAAAAGUAAUCAGAUCCAGGAAUUGGAAGAACAAAUUGAAAAAUUACAAGCAGAAAUGGAAGGCUACAAGAAUGAAAAUGAUGAGCUAAAAAUCAAAGAGAUGGAGAAUAAGAAUCAAGGUGACCUACUAAAAGAAAAAGAGAAUCUAAUACAGCAGCUGAAAGAAGAAUUGCAAGAAAAAAAUAUUAGUCUUAAUGCUGAAGUACAGCAUGUAGUUGAAGGAAAGAGAGCACUUUCAGAACUUACACAAGAUGUUACUUGCUAUAAGGCAAAAAUAAAGGAACUUGAAACAAUCUUAGAGACCCAGAAAAACGAAUAUAAUCAUUUGGCCAAGUUAGAACAGGACGUUUUGGAAAAGGAGUCUGUCAUCUUCAAGCUGGAAAGUAGUCUGAAGGAAUUUCAAGCAAAUCUUCAGGAUUCUAUCAAAAAUACCAAGGAUUUAAGUAAAAGGGAAGUUAAAUUGAAAGAAGAAAUUACACAGUUAAAAAAUAAUUUGCAAGAUGUGAAGCAGUCACUUCAGUUAAAGGAAGAAGAAAAUGAAGCUAACAGAGCAGAAACAGAAAAAUUGAAAGAGGAGCUCUCUACAAGCUCUGCUCUUAUCCAGAAUCUGAAAGUAGAUAUUCAGAGGAAGGAAGAAGAGUAUGCUGAGCUGAAAGAGAAACUGACUGAUGCCAAAAAGCAGAUUGAGCAAGUACAGAAAGAGGUAUCUGUAAUGAGGGAUGAGGAUAAAUUACUAAGGAUUAAAAUUAAUGAACUGGAGAAAAAGAAAAACCAGUGUUCUCAAGAAAUAGAUAUGAAACAGCGAACAAUUCAGCAACUCAAGGAGCAGUUAAGAAAUCAGAAAAUGGAAGAAGCUAUACAACAGUAUGAGAAAGUGUGCAAAGAUCUGAGUGUUAAAGAGAAAAUAAUUGAAGACAUGCGAAUGACUCUGGAAGAACAAGAACAAACUCAGGUAGAACAAGAUCAGGUGCUUGAGGCUAAACUAGAGGAAACUGAAAGGUUGGCCACAGAAUUGGAAAAAUUGAAGAAAAAAUGCAAAGAUCUGGAAACCAAAAGUAAUCAAAGCUCAAAUAAAGAAUUUGAAGAUAACACAGAUGUGCUUAGUAAAAAGCUCAGUAAGCUUCAAGAUGAGUUACAGGAAUCUGAACAGAAAUAUAAAGCUGAUAGAAAGAAAUGGUUGGAAGAAAAAAUGAUGCUUAUUACUCAAGCAAAAGAAGCUGAGAGCCUACGAAACAAAGAAAUGAAAAAAUAUGCUGAAGACAGGGAGUGCUGUUUAAAGCAACAAAGUGAAGUGGAAAGGCUUACAGCACAGCUAGCAGAGAAAGAUACUGACCUUCAAAAGUGGCGAGAAGAACGAGAUCAGCUUGUUGCAGCUUUAGAAAUACAGCUGAGAGCACUGGUCUCCAGUAAUACACAGAAAGAUAAUGAAAUUGAACAAUUAAAAAAGAAUAAGCAAACCUUGGAUAUCAAGCCCAAACAUAUUAGUUCAAUGGACCCUGACAGAGCUAAAACUGAAACUCAAUUAACAAAUUUUGAAAUUUCCAUGAAUGAAGUAGAGGAUGGAUCUGUAGUCCUUGAUUCUUGUGAAGUGUCAACAGAAAGUGAUCAAACUACUCGGUUUCCUAAACCUGAGUUAGAGAUUCAGUUUACACCCUUACAGCCAAACAAAAUGGCAGUGAAACACCCUGGUUGUAAUUCACCAGUGACACUUAAGAUUUCCAAGACCCGGAAGAGGAAGAGUAAUGAAAUGGUGGAGGACUUGGUGAAGAGUGAAAAUAAGAAGAAUACAGCACCCAGAACUAAUUUGAAGUUCCCUAUUUCAGAGCACAGAAAUUCUCCUGUCAAAAAGGAACAAAAGGUUUCUACAUGUCUGUCAUCCAAGAAAACAUAUUCUUUACGGAGUCAGACAUCCACAGUUAGUAUAAACUUGGACUCGAAGAAAAAAGAGGGAACACUGCAGAAAUUUGGAGACUUCUUACAUCAUUCUCCAACAAUUCUUCAAUCAAAAGCAAAGAAACUAAUUGAAACAAUAAGUUAUUCAAAACCCUCAAAUGUGGACGCAAGUAAAGAAAAUGCAUCUCAACCAAAACGAGCCAAACGGAAAUUAUACACCAAUGAAAUUUCUUCUCCUAUUGAUAUUUCUGGCCAAGUGAUUUUGAUGGACCAGAAAGUAAAGGAAAGUGAUCACCAGAUUCUCAAACGACGACUUCGAACAAAAACAGCCAAAUGAGUCACUUAUGGGGAAUGUUUUGACACAAAUUUUACAUUCAUAAUCAUUGUAAUUUACAUGCUGGCUUUUGAAAGAUGAUUGUAUACAUUAUGCACUAAAUCCCUCUGUAUAUACAUCACUGUUUUAUAUAUACAUUAUAUACUUUUAGUUCAAUAAAGAAAAUCAGUCUUGUCUAUUUUUCUGAGGCUU